CAGAGGGAGUCUUAGGCCUGAGGUCUUAGUGUUUUUCAGACAUUCACUGCCAUAUUUAUUUUUGAUGCCCCAUUUAUUAUAAGGUGGGUAAACAUUCGCUUUCUGUAUAUGCACGAAAUUCUCAGAUGAACAAGGAACAAUCAAUCAAUCAUGCAACAAUCAUACAAAGUUCCAGUUCCUGGACAGAACUUUCUGCAAUUGCAUAUUUGAAUUAUGUCACAUUGAAAUUCCUUCGAUCAGCUGAAAAUCCCGACAAUUUCUGUGGAAAAUGAAUUCUAGUAAACAUUGUGCAUGUCGUGCUGUGCAGUCUGCAACUGUCAGAAGAAAAUUUACUCUUGAUUGAUUUCAUUACUUUCAACUCCCGUCCAUUGUUAAAAUCAGCAUAUUUACAUCAACAACUGCAGUGUUAUGGACAGAUAUAACAUAAUGUAUGCUUGUUAAAAAGGGACAAAACAACAAGAUCACUAUCUAUAUGACAAGACAGUGAUAUACAUAUAUCAAGAUUCAUACAUAUACAUCAAGAUCCGUGUAUAUAAAUCAAGAUUCAUGUAUAUACAUCAAGAUUCGUGUAAAUACAUCAAGAUUCAUAUAUACAUCAAGAUUUGCAUAUAUACAUCAAGAUUCGUGUAUAUACAUUAAGAUUCAUAUAUAUACAUCAAGAUUCGUGAUGAGUACACAUGGUGCUAUUUCGUGAUCCAUGGUAACCGCUGGCCAAACAAUAGCGCAGAUGUUCUCAUUCCCAGACCUCAACCCAGUUUCAACAUGGCCGAUGUUGUGCCAAAUCUUGAGCAGUUUUUUGAAUCCUUGCUACGCACAGUUCAUGAAGCCAUUGAAGGAUUAAACUGUGAAUACAAGCCAAAUCGAGCAGAUAGUUUUGAAUCCCGCCUUGGUGAUUUUGUGCCUACUCUUGAUUUAAUGUCAAGUCGUUUUAGAGCGUGUACGGCUGGUUCAGACCGUGUACUUCAGGACUUACAAGGGCUUAGAAAUGCCGUACACAUGCUUCAGGAAAAUUAUCAUUCCAGGAAUCUGUUUUAUCAGGCAAAUGCGGAUGAGGUAGGAAAUUCACCGCUUGACCGCCCUUGCCCUGUAGAACAUACAAGCCGAGCAUGUCGGCCGCGAUAUCUCGUAGACAGGGAUCUUGUAACUCGUCUGCGAAAUGAAUCUUUCAAGUGGGUAGACAUAGCAAGAAUGCUCAACAUUUCUUCUAAGACACUUAUUCGACGCAGAAAGGAGUUUGAAAUGCCUAUUGGUCAAGAUGCUUUCUCAAAUAUCGAAGACGAAGAUUUGGAUGAGCAUGUAAGGGAUAUUUUAGAAAACACUCCUGAUGCUGGCAGACAUCUUGUUGAAGGAGGGCUGAGGGCAAGGGGAUUGAAAAUUCAGAUAACUCGAGUGCGAGACUCCAUUGCACGAGUGAAUCCUAUAAUGUCUGCCAUCAGGCAACACAGUUUUAGAAUUGUAAGAAGAAAAUACUCCGUACCAUGUCCAAAUGCCCUGUGGCAUAUAGAUGGUGAUCACAAGCUAAUUGAGCCAUAUAGGAUCGUCAUACAUGGUGGGAUCGAUGGCUUUUCGCGGCUUAUAGUUUACCUACGGGCAUCAACAAACAACAAGGCUUCUACUGUACUUGAACUUUUUCGACAGGCUGUGGCACAGUAUUCUUUACCCUCGCGUGUUCGGUCUGACCAAGGCCUUGAAAAUAUUGAUGUAGCAAGGUACAUGCUACAAGAACGUGGCUUGAACCGAGGUAGUAUUAUUACAGGAAAGUCAGUGCAUAACCAAAGAAUCGAGAGAUUAUGGAGAGAAGUCAACCGCGUGGUUGUAAGCAAGUACAAGAACAUUUUCAUGUAUCUUGAAAGGCAUGGAUUUUUUGAACCCACCAAUGAAAUCCACUUGUUUUCCCUACAAUUUAUAUACCUUCCCAUGGUUAACGAUUCCUUACACCAAUUGACACAGGAAUGGAAUUUCCAUGGUCUCACAACUGCAAGUAACACAACCCCCAGGCAACUGUGGAUUGAAGGCAUGCUCUCAAACAGUAAUACUGACCUAGUUGCUGUCACUGAAGUACUGGAAGACGUGCAAUCAGACUUCAGUGACUAUGGCAUUGAUGAUGAUGGGCCUUCUCCAGCACUGCAAACCUGCAAUGAAGUUUCUGUUCCUGAAUGCUCAAUACUACUAUCAGAUGAGCAAAGUACUGAUUUGGAAAGGCUUCUGGAAACCAUCAGCGAUGACGCGCAUGGCAUUUACAAGUAUUUAACUGUUGUUGACUUUCUAGAGAGCUUGGGUUAAGGAUGCUGUUAUUAGCAAAGAAGCAAUGAGCAAAAACCAGAAAAAAAAAACUUUUGUUUUAGUUGAAACCAGCACUACGCAGACAAACUAACUUUAAUCUAGGAUGAGUAUUCUUUUUUUCAUUUAAAGUUUGUUCAAUGAUAACUUGGAACUUAUAACUUAAAACUUAUACUGUUACUUAUACUUAUACUGUUACAACCAGUAUGGUUAUCAAGAGACACCACCACUCUGAUCCAUUACAUAACAUGAACAUUUCCAACAAGUGAAAACAAAACGUGGAUGCAAAAUCUAAAGCUCUUCAUGCAGAACAUUUGAAAGUUUUUUUUCUUCUAACUGUAACCUGAAUUACAAAUUUUCCUUUUUAAAACAUGGGCCCCAUAGUAGACAGGGGUCUACAGGUCAAGACUGAUUUGAUAACAAAAUCACAUUGGAUGUAGUAUUAAACCACAGUAAAGGAUGAACGGUGCAUAUCAUUUAUCACUGCUAACAUUACUUCAGUGAAACUCUCGUAAUCUGGAAAAUCAGGUGGCAAUUCACAUUUUAAGGUGCAAGUAGAUGAAAAUACACCAGCUUCCCCAUCAAAACUAACAGUGAUCCCCUUUACUUUUGCUCCAGAUGAACUCAGGUUUUCACUUCCUGUUAGGAACUUGGUCAGUUUCUUUAAAUCUGAAAGGCAAAAUUUCAGGUGAUGUCAAGAAAGAUUUCUCAUGCACAUUGAAUGGGUGCCUGGAAUAAAGCCCAAGCGACUUCUGAUAAUUGUUGGAUUCUCUUUCCAAUUUGCACUGGAUAUGCUUGUAAAUCAAAGAGGGAAUUUCAAUAUUAGAUCAGGGGUCGCUUAGGGCCCUACUGUCACAUGCCUUUCAAUCAUUUUUUCUUUAUCACCAUGCAUUGCUCACUCAUUUUCAUAAAGACUGCACAAA